AUGCAUUCCCUUAGUCUUCUCUAUCUCAUUGCCGCAGCUGGGUCUGCCUUGGGUCAUAUUGAAAUGAGCGAGCCCGUCCCUUUCCGCAGCCGAUUCGGCUCUGGUGGGGACGUUGACUACAGCAUGACCUCCCCUCUUCUUGCAGAUGGCUCCAACUUCCCAUGCAAGGGCUACCAACACGAUAGCGUCAGCAAGCCUUCAGCCACAUACAAGGCCGGAGGUUCGGGAGAGAUUAAACUGGUGGGUACUGCCACUCAUGGCGGUGGAUCCUGCCAGAUCUCUCUCAGUUAUGACCAGGGCAAGACCUUCAAAGUCAUUGAGUCAAUCAUCGGCGGCUGCCCUCUGGCCAUGCAAUAUAGCUUCAAGAUCCCGUCAUCUGCACCAAGUGGAGAAGCUCUCCUCGCAUGGACGUGGUUCAAUAAAAUCGGUAACCGGGAGAUGUACAUGAACUGCGCACCGGUUAGCAUCGAAGGAGGCAGUGGCGACAAGGCUGCCUUUGAUAAACUGCCAGAUAUCUAUGUUGCCAACGUUGGCAAUGGCAAGACGACCAUCGAGGGCCAAGAUGUCGUAUUCCCAAAUCCUGGGGAUGAUACGACCGGGACUGACAAGCCUUCUGGAGAUGCUCCUGCCGGGUCUAGCGCUGCUGGCAACGCUUCGGCUCCCGCUGCCGCUUCCGGGGCAGCAUCCACCCCUGACGCCUCUCCAACAGCUUCGCCUACACCAGCUGCCAAUACACCAGCUGCCAAUACACCAGCAACUACUCCAGCCCUGCAAAUCAAUGCCAAUGCCGCAUCGUCCGCCGCCGAGACACCUUCGCCUUCAGAAUCAGUACCAGCUUCAGAGUCCACACCUUCGGAUGCUUCCCCGGGUAUUGGAGGCUCUGAUAACUUGCGCAUCACCUGCAAUUGUUCCUCCUUGCCUUAA